GAAGGUAUAUUACACACAAACAAUGUUGGUUUUCGGGGAGGAUUUUCUCGCCCGAAUCAUGGUCUAAGGCAGGAACUGACAUUUUGGGUUGAAAUUAGAUGAUGCGCGCAAGGAUACAAUGGACACCAAAGUAGCCCCCACGGAAGACUCUCAGACCUCCGACAAUGAUGGCGGCGAGCGCCCUGUUCGAAGAAAGCUGAAGGAAACGUCUAUUACCUCUGUACCACAAAACCUGACAGGAGAUGAUUCCACCAACACCGCCCAACAGGAACCGGAAGGUGGAAAUAGCAGAAGUAGCAGCAGGGGCAGAAAGCGGUCCUUCGAUGAAGAAGAUGAGGAGAUGGAGAAGAACGACGAUGAGAAUGGUCACAGGAGGAAGAGGUCGCGCGACUCGAAUUAUGAAGAUGAGAACCAAGCUGAACAGUCGGAGCAGCCGGAGAAGCAGCAGAACGCCGACAGCGCCGAGAGGAAAAUCCUGAGCCCGAAGAAGAAGCGAAGCAGAGAUCAACUUGAUAAGGAGGAACCUAAAGCCGGAGGUGUUGCUGAAAAGUCGGACAACAAGGUUCCUACUGAGAAUGGAGCUUCGGAGAAAUCUCCCACAGAAGGAGAGCCCGAGAAGAAGCGGCAUCGCGAUGAUUCUCAGGAAAGAGAUUCUGCUCCCAUUAAAAGCGCAUUCACAAACACUUCUGCCGUUUCCCCGUUUGGCUCAAUCGGGUCUUCGAAAGCAAAGGAGGACGAGUCGAAGAAACCUGUCACCUCCAAGUCUGCCUUUGCCGCAUCCAGUCUGGCCGCCUUCUCUGGUUCUGAGCAAUCCCCAUUUGGCUCUAUCGGAGGUUCCACUACAUCUGUUUUUAAAUCCCCAGCUGCCACAGAAUCCGGCAAACCUGCGACAACCGGUUUCGCGGCUGCAGAGGGCGCUUCGCCCUUCGCUUCGAAAGGAUCCUCUGGAUUUGCAUCUUUGGGAUCAGGAUUCUCGGCCUUCAGCAGUGGUUUUGGUGCGGCAAGUGCCAAACCCACAGGGGGCUUGACCAGUUUUGCUUCUCCGGGACCCAGCUCUCUCACCAGCACUAGUAAGGUAAAGCCAUUUGGAGCUGCGGAAGAGGAGGAUGAGAAUGAAGAGGAUGAAGGCGAAACUGGUCCUAAGCAAUUUGAAGAGGACAAGACUGAUGAGAGAUUCUUUGCACGGGAGAUUCAAACGGGAGAGGAGGAAGAGAAAACAUACUUCUCCUGCAAAGCCAAACUCUUCCAAUUUUCAGACAAGGAAUGGAGGGAACGCGGAAUUGGCACGUUCAAGGUCAACGUCAGUGUCAAGGAUGGCAAAGAAGACAAGAAGGCCGUCCGUUUGAUUAUGCGGGCUGACGGUGUCCUCCGAGUUAUGCUGAACACGCCCAUCUUCAAGGGCAUGACAGUUGGAGACCCCUCGGGCAAUGAGCCGAAAUCGACCAAACAGAUCCACUUGGCCAGUCUUGAGAAUGGCCGCUCUGUCCCUAUUUUGCUUCGAACGGGAAGCGAAGACCAGGCAAAGGAGCUUUACCACGUUGUCCGUGACCUCCUGGAGGAGCAAUAAAAGCCACAUCUGAGCACUAAAUCUUGAAGACAAUAUACCACAGUCAAGGGUACCAGGUUUCCACCCCGGGGAAACAUCCUACAGCCAGCUUCCUAACGGCAGAGCACUUGGUAUUCCAUCUAGAUUACUUGGAGAGAUGGAGCAUUGAAGCUCUAGUGGGAAUUCCCCCGUCUU